AUGCAUCAAAACCACAUCACAGACCCUAACGAGCCGUUCCCAAAACCCCAGGCGCUUGCCUCGGCUACGACCACACAUAAUCAAGGCCGAUUUCGCAUUUCGACACGCAAGCUGCCCAUCUCCAAGGCCGGCACCAUCGAUGCCCUCACCGAACAGAUUGGCAUUCCAAUGCCCGAAAUGAUCUUUGGCGAGAACAUCGUCGGAAUUGAGCAUCUACCUUCAGGCUGGUCCCUGAACUUUAAUACCCCGGACGCUCUCGACGCCGUUGACAAGACAGAUCGCCACAUGCUCAAGGUCGCAUACGCUCGAGACUGGGAGAGUACUAGAGAAGGCACAACACAGGGUAUUAAGGAGGUUGUGAAGCCCUACGACUGGAGUUACUCAACGACGUAUACUGGAAGUGUCGACCCUUCUGCCAAACAAUUUGCGCCCACGGAGAACAUGAUUCCAAUCGAGCUCUUGAAGCGUCGUGACCCAAUCCUAUUCUUCGACGAGGUUAUGCUGUACGAGAGCGAGUUGGACGACAAUGGGAUAAGCAUCUUCAGCGUUAAGGUUCGCGUCCACGAGAAGCGCAUGCUAUUGCUGUGCCGGCUAUUUAUGCGGCUCGAUAAUGUUAUUCUGCGGAUACGUGACACUCGGGUCUACGUUGACUUUGAGACUGAUGAAGUCAUUCGUGAAUAUUCGGCACAAGAGGAGACUUACGAGAACGUGAAGAGGAAACUGCAGAUGUCUGGUAGACUGCCCGACGAUAUCACUAUCGCACUUCGGGACCCAAACAUCCUGGCCCCAUUGUUGCCAUUGGUCGAGCAUCGAGCGGAGGCCGUGAAGCCUGGUGCAUGA